CGUACACAAAUCAAAUUUUAUUUUGUGUAGGCGGGGGGUUGGGUUUAAGCUAGAACUUUGAAGGCGACCAGACUGCCCCACUCCACAGGUGGUCUCUUUCUCUACCUGUGGGUUGUGGACAAAGAAAUUCGAUAGCAACUCCGACUCACUUCCCUUCUCUGAUCCAGCUAAUUUUCAAGUUUGCAGCUUAGAGUUUGAUCUUCUAGUGUGAUGAAGUUGGUUAUAAUUGGGCAGAAAAUGACCAGAUUAGUUGAACGCCUUAUGUAGACACAGACUUCACCAUCUGGUUGUGGAAGCUUCUUUUACUAUUUGACCAAAUUGAUAUGGUCCAAAAUCAAUCACUUUGACUUGAAAAAUUUGCUUUCCUACUUGUUGGAAAGGAUAACUUCGACAAGGUAGUCAGUAGUUUUGAGUUGGGAGAAACAAAAGUUGAGAUCUUCAUUGGUAUCCUCUGGUUAUAUUGGGUUCAAUUCUCGUAUGGCUGUUGCCAAGAGCAACAGUAACACUGCAUCAUCAUUUUAUACAUCAUGUUGCUAUAAAGUUGCAAACUUGAGUGAGACCAUCUUGGAGGCAAAUCAUACUGCUAAUCUGCAUGAUCGUUACAUUCUUGGAGAACAGCUGGGCUGGGGGCAGUUUGGGAUAAUCAGGACAUGCUCUGACAAGUUCACUGGAGAGGUGUUGGCCUGCAAAUCAAUUGCUAAAAAUAGAUUGGUGACUCAGGAGGAUGUGCGAAGUGUCAAGCUUGAAAUUGAAAUAAUGACCAGGCUUGCUGGUCACCCAAAUGUUGUAGAUCUCAAGGCGGUUUAUGAGGAAGAAGAUUAUGUACAUUUAGUUAUGGAGCUUUGUGCUGGGGGAGAACUUUUUCACCAGCUGGAGAGGCAUGGUAGAUUUUCUGAGGCUGAGGCCAGGGUUCUCUUCCAUGAGCUAAUGGAAGUGGUGAUGUACUGUCAUCAUAAAGGCAUUGUACACAGAGAUCUUAAGCCAGAGAACAUUCUCUUGGCUACAAAGGGUUCUUCUUCCCCGAUAAAAUUAGCUGAUUUUGGUCUUGCAACAUACAUCAAGCCAGGUCAAAGUUUGCAUGGUACUGUUGGCAGCCCAUUUUAUAUAGCUCCUGAGGUCCUGGCAGGAGGUUAUAAUCAAGCAGCUGAUAUCUGGAGCGCUGGUGUUAUUCUCUACAUUCUUCUUAGUGGAAUACCACCAUUUUGGGGGAAGACAAAGUCAAAGAUCUUUGAUGCUGUCAGGGCAGCUGAUUUGCGGUUUCCUUCUGAUCGCUGGGAUACAAUAUCAUCUUCAGCAAAAGAGUUGAUUAAAGGAAUGCUGUGUACGGAUCCUUCUCAGAGGUUUACAACUCAGCAAAUUCUAGAUCAUGCUUGGGUACGGGAUAUCUCACCGCAUUUCAAUGAGCCAUGCCUAAAAGUGCAUUCAGAUGAAGGCUCGUGCUGCUCUACUCUGAUGGUUCGGAAUCAGGAUAUCAGUUUUGGCACAGGUUCUGCCGUUUUAAUUGAUGCCCAAUCGCCGAAAUACACGUGCAAGUCUUCAUUUUCUACUUUACUAACCGAACAAUCAACAACUUCCCAUGGAUCCGCUGUAUUCUCUUUCAGUAGUACUGGUGGAUCAAAUGGCCAUGACUUUGCUUCUCCUGUUCUAACACUGCCUAGUUUUACAUUCUUCGGCUCGAGUUUAGUUGUUGAUCAAGGGAGUUAUGAAGUUGAUUUAUCUGUUAGAGCAUCUGAUGUGGAUUUACUUCACAAAGAUGUCAGUGUGGGAAAGGUGUUUAUGUUGUCAGACUCUCCUAAUAGCUUUGAGCAAGUGGUAAGAGAUAAGACAACAGAAGUUAGAAAGAGUGGAUCAAAUGGAUCGAGAACCCUAGGCAUCCAGAGCAGGAGGAACCAUACAAUUGGUCUUGGUGAAUUUGAGCAGAUUGAUAUUGUGGUGACUGAAUCAGUUAUCCGAUGGGCAUCGUGCACGUGUCUUCCUACUGCCACAUCACUCAGGUCUUCUCUGGUCUGCUGAAAGUUUAUAUGACUUUAUGGCUUAACUUGCCAGUAGCAUGUGCUGAGAAAAAGAGUCAUUAACCUUUAUGUUCACUUACUGAGGUCAUGUAACAUGUUAGAUUCGUGAGCUUCUGGACUAAACCAUCAAGCUUAUUCGCAACUCACAAGUUUGAUUUUGGUAAUGUCGUACCAUAAUGAUGUUUUCUUGAGUUACAAAGCUUUUGCCCAUCAUUAAUGUGAAGGAGAGUGAGUUCAUUGCUUAUGAGGCUUUUUCACGUGUAGAAUGUUUGUAAGUC